AUGGCGUACAUACAUUGGUGCUUCCCUCGCAGCGGGUGGCUCAAGCUGAAUGUGGAUGGAGCCUCGGAGGGCAACUCGGGACUUGCAGGUGCUGGGGGCAUCAUCCGGGAUGAGUGUGGGAAGUGGGUUGCGGGCUUCGUUGCAAAGAUUGGAGAAGCUUUGGCGGCCCUUGCCGAGCUCUGGGCUAUCAUGUAUGGGCUUCAGCUUGCCCAUAAAGUGGGAUGCGCGUUCAUUUUUGUUGAGUCGGACUCUCAGUUAGCCGUCGGCCUGAUCAACGGCCGGCAUGAUCCGGUGCACCCCUAUGCUUCGAUCCUGGCCUUGAUCCGGAGGCUCUUAGCUUAG